UUUGACUUAUUUAAUGAUAAUAUUCAGCAUGUAUAUCAUUUAAUAAUGAUCAAUUUUCUAAUUUAGUAUGUUUAGUAUGUUGCUCCUCUUAGUUGUUUAGUAAUAGAGGGAUAUAGAUGUCACAUGAGUUUGGUUUGAUAUGGUACAGCUGUUCUAAGUUGAAGACUUCCCACACAAAACAAACAUUUUUAACAAACCUUCAAAAGAGAAGAAUCGGUUAAAAUGAUUAUACGAGGAGAAUGAAAGGUUUUUAGUUGAAUCGAGAUGGGAUUUUUAUGGAUGAAGGUGUAGAAUGUCGUGACCUGAAGGUGUAGCAUUUUUAUAAGAUGAGUUCUAGAGGUGAGACAGUGGUUUUGAGCUACCAUGACACUAUAAUUUAUGAGUCGGACGUCGAAUUGCUCGAAGGUCCUCAUUGGCUUAACGAUACCAUAAUAGGAUUUUAUCUUGAGUAUUUAGAAGAGGAGGUUUACGGGAAGACAAUGUUUUGUUUCAUCCGGCCAGAAGUCACGCAGUGCCUCAAGCUUUCGCCAUUGUCCGAGUUCCCCGUGUUCCUUGAUCCGUUACAGUUUAAGGAUAAGAAUGUCGCUGUGAUGCCGUUAAACGAUUGCGAAAACCCCAAUACGCCUGGCGGUUCGCACUGGAGCCUUUUGGUUUUCUGCAAGACGGUCCGUACGUUCUAUCACAUCGACUCGUCCAAAGGGUCCAACUACAGCCCUGCUAAACUACUUUCAGCGAAGUUGUCUGAAUACCUCGAACUGAACGGUGACUACGAAUUCAAAACGCUUAACUCCUUACAGCAGACCAACUCAUACGACUGUGGUGUCUUCGUCCUCUGCAACCUUGAUAAUGUUCUUCAGCAUUUGUUCCGUCACAAUACUCUGGAUACGUUGGAUACGAUCAGAGAAUACCAAGUAGCAAGAAAGAGAAAUGACAUCAAGCAGUUGAUAAUUAAUUUAGCAAGGCAUAAAUUAUAACAUGUGCUUUUUGCUUUAAAAUCACCACUAACUAAAAAUAAACUUUAUUUUGCUAAUGAAUUUUUAUUUUAUUUCUUUGUUCUGAUUUUGAUUUAUUUACAUUUUAAUUGUAGGUAAUACUAAGCAUUAUUUUUAACAGCAUAGUACAUUAUUGAUAGCUAUAAAGCUUGAAAAAAUGUAAACUCUAAAAAUAUGUUUAUUCUAACAAUAUAUUUAGAUAAAAAAUGUUUAUGUGUAUUUAAAUACAUAUUAAACCAUACAUAUAUAUAUUUUUUUUAAUAAAAAGCAAAAACUCUGUAGCUUCUGUAAAGUAAAGAAUUCAGUGGGUGUUACACUGCGUCCGAUAACAAUUAUUUUCUGAUAUUUUCUUGGUUAAUACAACAAGUCUUUUUUUGUAUACUUUUGCUGAAUACAUGUCUAAAUUUCCUGAAAUUACGCUUAAAAGAAAAAUAAUAAUACAUAUUUCAUAAAUCGUCA